CCUCAAAUGGACCAUGGCAAUGGUGGCAUGCACAUGCAGGAUGAAGACGACCAGACUUGCCUGCGUGAUGAUUGGUCACGCCUGUGCAUCACGCUCUCCUCCGAGCAAGUGCGGAUCCUUGCGGUGUUUUUCUGCUGUGUCGUUCUCCUCAAUGUCGGCAUCUAUCUGAUCUAUGCCAUUUGUCUAUGUUACACUCACCGAUCCAUCAAUCGUGUUAUGAGCUUCGGUCUAGUUACGCUGGGUCUGACUCUCUCCCUUCCACAGGCACUAGUCCGAAUAGGAGAUCCACACUUCAAUUACCCCAACAGCAUUCCACACCUUGUGCUCUUUGCUGUGGGCGACAUCACUGACCACGUGGGUAUCUUGAUGCUCAUCUAUUGGGACAUUUGUACUGAAGCGGUCGAUUUGGUUUACGCUUUGGAUCCUAAGCAGCACUCUUGUAGCUUGAGGCGGUUGAAAAUGGUGGGAAUUGCCUCCAUGAUUUCUCAAGUCUUCAUCCUGGGCUCGCUUUUUACAAUGGUAUACCUGUUGGAGAGACAUGAAGAUAGAUGUACAACCUUCACCACUUUCACCUUGGUUCAACUGGGCGCGGUCUUUGGUUUCGCUCCCACCGUGGCCUUUGGAAUGUUGGUCAGAGGUCUUCACCGUCUCUGGAAUCAGCUCCCGGGCGACGUCCCUCGACGCUUGGUACAUCGUUUGCGCUACACACAACUGGGCCUUGGCACCUUGAUGCUGCUUUGUGCUUCCUUUGUCCCUUCGGCCGUGCUGCUUGGAACGGUGCCAUUUUUCCAGGUCAAGGCGGGAUUUCUCUAUGUCUUUGUAGUGCUCACUCUCCUGGGAUUGGCCAGUUCGGUCUUGCUCUUUGGCGAGUUGAUUUUGACCCUGAAGUCGAUCCGGAGCAAAGCGAAUCGCCCCAUUCCGCUGUCGCCCGCCGUCCUCGAAGAAUUGGUCCAGGCGGGCACUCAACAGCUGGCUUGGAAUAACAUGACCAGAAUACAGUCUGCCCCUCCAGUUUGGGAUCGUGGCUGUGCUCAUGCGGUGGCACGAAGUUUUUUAGACCUGGUGCCCGAUGAGUCGGAUAAACUUACGAUGAAGACGACCGACCUUUGCAUGAAGCUUCUUAAGCCUAUGACUUUAGAGGCUCGAUGCUCUGUGUGGGAAAGUCUGGCUGCCGGUUUCCCCACUCUGGCCAAGCAUCAAAGGGCGUUUGAUCGGUCCGCUUCUAUGACUAUGACUAUGAAUUUGUCGAUGCAUCACUACAUUGGUAAACCGGACACAUUUGUGAGUCACUGCUGGGCCAGUCACUUCUGGGAACUCUUGGAGAUUGUUCAACGUUAUGAUGAAAAUACCAAUCGAAACAAUUUUUUCUUUCUGGAUGUCUUCAGUAUGAACCAGCACGACUUUGCCGAUAUUUCUGGGGAACAGAUGGACGAACUGAAAGCCUGCACCAGUCCUCAGAGUAUCACCUCCAGUGCAACGCUAGUGGGGCUCAAAGAUAUCUAUCAAACCAUGUUGAAGGCCCUCACUCGAUCAAUCGAAACACCUGGCCGAGUGUUGCUGGCGUUGACCCCGCAUGAACAGCCGCUGCUGCUGACACGCUCCUGGUGUCUCUAUGAGAUCUACAUCGCUUGGAAAGUGGGCGCUGAAGUGUCCUGCGGUUUCGUCCCCGAAGCUGAGCAAUCUGUCAAGAACAGUCUGGUGGAAAGCGAUGCCUUGAUCAAAACGAUGUUGAACGCCGUGGAUGCGGAAAAUAGUCGCGCCACGAUGGAAACCGAUCGCAAGAUGAUCUUAUCCUUGAUCGAGCAAGCGGGAUUUAAUCGAUUCAAUACCUUCGUGCGGGAGAAGUUGUCGGCAUCAUUAAGAAUGGUUGCCUUGACGACUUUGGUCAGAUCGAAUACCAAGAAUCUCGAUAUAAAGUCGGAAGCUGAAAGCGAAAGCAUCAGUUCAAGGGCAAGGUCCGUUUCAGGGGCGACAAGAAGCGAUUUCGUUCUGAGAGAUCGUUUAGCCCAUCUUUAUGGUCUCGAUUCAGAAGAGGAGGAGGACGAAUUCUCCAUUUGAGCCGUGCAAAAAAUGCUGCAAUUCUGCUGGAUCCAUGAGAAAUCUGAGAAAGUGUUGGG